AUGCCUUCGACGUCUAGCCAGCAGACGGCGAUCGUCACGACGCUGGCAAUCGCCAUUCUGGGUCUUUUCUUCUUCACGAAGAAGGUUGUGCGCGCGAAAGCAGCUUUGGCGGAUGGCGGUCAUCACUCCUCGCGGCCAUGCUCGCCGCGAAACGGCGGCGGCGGCGGCGGCGGCGGCGGCGCCACCGCCGCGGGGAGCAGUAGCGGGAAAGGCGGGGGGGCGGGAAGCGGCGGAGGGGAUGGCAGAGCGAUGGCUUUCGCUGUCGGGUUGCUGGACAUCGCCAUCCCGCGCGAUGACCGGGUCGGAGGGUCGUUCCCGCGAGUGAUGAUCAACGACGCUUGCAUUGCUCGAGCCGUCAAAGAGGUAUCCCGCCAACUAGUAGUCAGCCUUCGCGACGCGGACAACAUGCCUGCGGGCGUCGUCCGCGCGUACGUCUCGGGCCUCUACCAGGAGGUCUACGACGCGGCGUGCGCCGCCGACCGCCCGGACCUGGACGUCCGCGUGCUCCUGCCGGCGACGGGCACGAGCGGCGCCGGCACCGCCCCCGCCGCGCUCCCGAACGGCGACGGAGUCUCGCUACCGUCGCCCUUCACGUUCAACCCGGGCCCCCCUCCGGAAGGCGGCGGCGGCGACGGUGGCCCUCUCGAAGGAGGCCGCGAGUUCACCGUGGAUCUGGUGAGGGGUUGGGCGUCGAGAGAGGUGGCCGUGCUGGAGCCGGAGCUGGAGGUGCUCUUCUCCGACGACCCGCCGGACGACGGUCGCCGGGAGUCGAUCAACGCGGACCGCCUGCUGGCGGGUUACCCGGCCCUCAGGUUCGUGGGCCUGGAGUCCGUGGCGAGCGGCGCGCACACGGCCGAGUACUUCUACGCGGAGGACGUUCUGGCGAGCAUCCCGACGUUCUCGAGUGUCGCAUGCGGCGGGACGUUCGACCGGUUGCAUGGGGGGCACAAGAAGCUCCUUACCUUGGCCGCUAGUAUGUGCGAGGGAGGAACACUGACCGUGGGCGUCACGUCGGACUCGAUGCUCAAGGCAAAGUCCAACGCGAAAAUGCUCUCGAGUCUUCCCGAGCGAUUGGCGGGCGUGACGGAUUUCCUGAGAACCCUGAACCCUCAGAUGCGAACACGGGUGGAGGGGAUCACGGACCCGUUUGGCCCCCCCGCUGUCGAGGAGGCGUUCGACGCGAUCGUUGUGAGCUCGGAGACGGUACUCGGGGCAGAGAAGAUCAACGAGCUUCGCGCGCAGAAGGGGUUCCGCCCCCUUGCGGUGGCGGUCACAAGGCGGCUGGCCGCGGCAACGUUGAGCUCGUCGUAUUUGCGGCGAGCGGCGGAGGAGAAGCAGAGAGACAUGCAGCAACAGCAGCAGCAGCGGAAAUAG